AUGGAGAAAAUGGCCAGACCUCUGCCCAUAAACGCGACUUUCCUCCCGCCGACGCACGGCGUCCUGAAGUCUCUCCUGGAAAACCCGCUCAAGCUGCCCUUCCACCACGACGAAGGCUUCGGGAAGGAGAAGGAGAAGGAGAAGAAGCUCGAGGAUGAGAGCAGCGCGGGCAGCCACCCGCAGUCGGCCUUCCUGGGGCCCACCCUCUGGGACAAGACCCUCCCCUACGACGGGGACAACUUCCAACUGGAGUACAUGGACCUGGAGGAGUUCCUGUCCGAGAACGGGAUCCCGGCCAACACGGCCCAAUCCGAGCAGGCGCCCCCCCCCCAGGCCCCGGCCCCGCCCGCCCCGGCCGCGCCCGCCCCGGCGCCCCUCCAGCAGCAGGGGGCGCCCCCCCCCGCCCCCCCCACCCCCUCCGUGGUGGUGGACCUCAGCAGCAGAGCCACCACCUCCGUGCACGUCGCCAUGGCGCCCCAAACCUGCCUCCACAGCCCCAACACAGCAGAAAGCUGA